ACAAACUACUGGCUGCGUUUUAACGUCCAAAUCUGUGCAAACAAGCCCGUCCAGGUGGGUUUAAGAUCUGUGGCGUAAUAACGUCACCAGCCAUAAAGAAGUGGUGGACGUAGCUUUGCUUCAUGAACUGUAAACAACAGCAAACUAUGCCAGUUUCAAACCGACCGGUCCAUUUAGUUCUUUAUUUUAACUGACACAUUUAUCCACGCAAUGGCGCAGCCGGCAGAGAAAGCGUAUUAUCGCUUUGUGGUUCUGUUCUUCAACUGUCUGCUGACGUUCGGCUCCUACUUCUGCUUUGACAUCCCCAGUGUUUUGCAGGAUCAGUUCCAGGGAAACCUAACGUGUCCAAAUGCAACGGUGAUCAAUGGGACGGUGGAUUGUGUGGAGGGGCUGGGGAUGAGUCCUCAGCAGUACAACCUUCUCUAUGCCAUUUACGCCUGGACGAAUGCUGUAGUUGUUAUCCUGGCUGGGUUUCUGAUUGACAAAUUAGGAAACCGUUUCGGGGUGUUUCUGUUCUCUUUCCUGUGCGUUCUGGGUUCUUCCUUGUUUGCGCUGGCUUCCCACUUCAAAGGAACCCCCUACCUGCUUCCCCUCAUGCUCACGGGCCGCCUGCUGUUUGGAUCAGGCAAUGGAUCUUUGACCAUCGUUCAGAACCGCAUCACGGCCUUCUGGUUCAAAGGCAAGGAGCUGGCUUUGGCUUUCGGCCUGACGCUGGCCUUCUCCCGCCUGGGUUCGGUGCUGAACUUCUUCCUCACGCAGAAAUUUGAAGAGAAAUAUGGCAUGCAGUGGACGCUCUGGGGCGGAGCGCUGCUGUGUGUGCUCGGCUUUGCUUCCGCCGUUAUUGUGAGUGCUUUGGACAAGAUUGGAAUGAGGCAGCUGGGCCUCGAUGGAGCCAUCCAGGAGGAGUCCCGCAAAGUGAGGAUUCAAGAUGUGCGGCUUCUGUCGCUGAGAUACUGGCUGCUGGUUCUCACCAUCAUGUUCUUCUACAACGGCAUCUUCCCCUUCAUCGCAGACGCCAGCAAGUUCAUCCAGGACAAAUACGGGGACUACAGCCAGAAGGAGGCUUCCUAUAUCGCCGGGGCGGUCUACGACAGCUCGCUGGUGCUGUCGGCCAGCGUGGGCAUCCUCAUAGACUAUGUGGGGCUGCGGGGCGUGUUCGCGGUGGCCUGCGCCGUCCUCACCCUGCCAGUGUUCGGAAUCCUGGCCUUCACCUUUGUCCCGCCUCUGGUCGCCACCAUUUGGCUUGGCGUCACUUACUCCUUUGCAGCGGCUAGUAUGUGGCCUUCUAUCCCGCUGGUGGUACCUCAGGCGACUUUGGGUACAGCUAUGGGCCUGGCCACCUCCAUCCAAAUGGUUGGGAUCGGAGUGUCCAAUCUGGUGGUGGGACAGAUACUGGGCACCAAAUCCAGUGAAACAAAGAUCCCUCUGUGGCGCUGGCAGAGGAUGAUGAUCUUCAUGUUGGCCAACACCAUCAGCUGCAUCGUGACCUCAGUGCUGCUCAACGUCGUCGAUCACAAACAGGGCGACGCUCUGAACAAGACCACCAAGAGGUCGGGGCAGGCGGAGAGAGAGCCGGACCGAGAGCCCCUCAACCCGGGAGCGGAGGAGCAGAACGAGGAGGAAGAUGAUGGUGGCAGAUCUCCUUCCAUCAAUUCUUGAGUUUGUGUUGUGUUCUGUAGUGGCCUCGGCCAUCCUGACCCCUGGUCCCCAUCACAGUUUGCAAUCCUGAUCUCUCUUUGAUCGCUCUCCACACGGCACAAAUAGUAUCAAUAAGUUGGGAUGGUCAGCAGGAGGAAGGUGCUGGAUUUUUCUCUUCCUAGCUGUCAGAACUUCAGUGUUAAUUUUUGACUGACCGUCACCAGAGACGGGUUAGCAUUGAGAUCAGAUUAUGAUUUUUCCCAGUUUAAAGUUUCAGGAUAGCUUUUAAAGAGCUCCCGAGUCAGACAUUGAAUAGGGUAUUUCUAAUGAACCUUCCGUGGAGAAUCGUGUGUGGGGGGGGAAAGCGGAUUUGUUUUUAUUAGCUUAAGGAAAGAGCCUUUUAUGUUUUCAGACUCCAAAUCUACACCAUGUUUGAGACUUUUUAAAGACUGAACCAAAUGCUCACAGCAGGGCCUUUUUUUUUAACAGGUCUCCAUUGUGUCUCUUCUCGUGAUUGGAAGGGAAGUGUUCCGUGUUCAGUUUGUCUGAAUGUGCUAUUCUCAUUUCAAAUGAUGCAUUAAACCCAGUGAAUUGAGAUGUGGGGACUAGUUAUGUCCCCUCUCAGCUGGACAGUUCCUGGCUGGAAUCAGGGCUGUUUGAUCGCUGGUUAUCAAUAGCCCAGAAGGAUCCAUGUUAUGGAUCUUUUUUUUUUAGUUCAAGUUCAUCUUAUAGCAGAUCUUUCCAACAACAAGCCUUCUGUUGUUUUAAAAAAAAAAGUGAGUUAUUUUUUAAGUUACCAGAUUCAGGCUGCUUAACACCCUUGACUACAAACCAACCAACCGUUUCAUACUGACAACUAAGUACAUACUUUUUAUGUCUUUGUCAUUUUAAUCCAAAAAUAUACAUAAUGUUUAUCUUAGUGUGGGUAAGAAGGGAAAAAGGCAAACUACAAUUUUUUAAAAAUAUUUUUUACAAAACUUUGUGACCUCAAACUAUACAUCUUGUAAUCUACACCAUGUAGACAAAUGGACUUCAUGUCGAGGUAUAUAGUGUCAUUAAAAAAAAAACAUUUUCAGUGGAUUGUCUUUUUUUAUUACGAU